CUAUCCAAGAACAAAAUCUCAUAUUUUUCGUUAUUAACGUCUGUUUAUCCAAUUUCAAUAUCGCAUGUUAACCUUGUUAGAUUUAUCGUGUCUUCAUCGCAAUCCGAUCGGUCAAUUUUGUAUAUUAUGAUUUAGGUUAGGCUUUAUACCGUAAUUUGGGGAAUGCUAGGUCUUUGAUUGGUAAUCAUGAAGUAAGAGAUGGCUAGUGAAGAGAAGAAGGAAGGGGUUAUAUUUGCAGUAGAAAAUAACAGAAUUCUUUUCUCUGAUUCCUCAGUUCCAAUUUCUGCUCAAGAUAAGGACGAUGACGAAUCCGAUGAUUCACCACUAAGGAAUGAUGAGGAUACUAAAAGCAAAUCCGAACCAGCAUCACAUAUGGGCUCUGAUUCUGCAGAUUCAUCAUCUAGCAGACAUGGUUUUUCAGAUUUAGUAGCUCAAAAAACUCAUUCAAAGCAAAUAUGCGGGUACUUAUGGAAGUUAUCGAAGGUACCCUCGACAAGCUUGCAUACGUUUAAUUCUAGCCUUUCUAGCCUCCCGUCGAUUAAGAAGCUGACUGGGAAAAAAAGCCAGAAACUCAUGCAGAGUAUUCCGGAAUCACCUUCCCAAUUAGACGCAGAAUUGUAUUGUUUUGAGGCUUCGUGGACAAAUUUUUCACUCGCACAACUCAAAGAGGCAACAAACAACUUUAGUCGUGAAAACUUAAUUGGAGAGGGAGGUUAUUCUGAGGUGUACAAGGGUCAUUUACAAGAUGGGGAAAUGAUAGCAGUAAAAAGACUAAUCAGAGGUACACCUGAAGAGAUGACAUCCGAUUUCUUAUCUGAACUUGGAAUCCUUGUUCACGUGAACCACCCGAACAUUUCUAAUGUCAUUGGCUACGGAGUUGACGGUGGCAUGCACCUUGUUCUUCCUUUAUCCCAGCAUGGGAGCUUAGCUUCUUGUCUUUCUGAUCAGAACAAGAAACUUGAUUGGGGAACAAGAUACAACAUUGCGUUGGGCACUGCAUCGGGCCUUUGUUAUCUUCACGAGGGCUGUCAGCGCAGAAUCAUUCAUAGAGAUAUAAAAGCACCUAAUAUUUUGCUUUCACAUGAUUUUCAACCUCGGAUUUCUGAUUUUGGGCUGGCGAAGUGGCUUCCAGAUCAAUGGACGAACCUCACUGUAUCACAGUUUGAAGGGACUUUCGGCUACCUUGCUCCGGAAGUUUUCAUGAAUGGCUUAGUUGAUGAGAAAACUGAUGUGUAUGCCUAUGGAGUCUUGCUGUUAGAAAUCAUCACCGGGCAUCCUGCGUUGGAUGAGUCGCAGCAGAGUCUGGUUAUGCGGGCUAGACCUUUUAUCAUUGAGAAAAGCUUUGAAAAACUUGUGGAUCCGCAUCUUGAUGGCGCAUGUGACCUGGAGCAGCUGAAUGAUUUGGUAUGGAUUGCUUCUCAAUGCAUCAAUCAGGACCCAACUGAACGUCCGAAAAUGAGCACGAUUUACAGGAUGUUAAGUGGUGAUGAAGGUAUUCCUGAUUGUGGGAAAAAGUUUAUAAAGAAGGCCGCCUUCAAAAAAAGGAAGUCUGAUGAAGAGCUAACCGAAUUGGAGUUUUAGGGUUUGUAUUGGUUGAUGCAUUUUGGGAUUAUUUUUAUUUUCUACUAGGUUUCUAAAUGCCGGAUAUCCAGGUUUCAGGUUGUUAGCCUUCGAGCACGAAUAAAUAUACGGGUCGUGUUUAGGUUCGUCAAUUUAACAUGUCAACUUGACACGAUUGCCCCCACCAGAAAAGGCAGAGACAAGGAUACUAAAACUCGUUAAAAUCCCUACAAAUAGGAAUUUGUCAUUACACAACUUUAUAACUUAUUGCAUUAACAAAUUUAAAACA